CUUUUUGGCGCGUUCAACUCCACUUUCCAGCGGUGGACGAUUCUUCCAGUGCAGUGCCAAAUGCUCGGCAGUCUUUCGUGGAAUUCAGACCGGUGAGGUUGUACCCUCUGCUAUUCCAACUGCCUCACCGUAUGUGGAUUUAAAUGCGUGCGAGUGCUAUUUAGUGUUUGUGAUCCCUUCUGCUUUCCCCAACUUUUCAUAAAAAAAGUAUAUAGCACGUGGAAGCUGUGUGUUAGGAACCCUCGGCGCGUCGCCAGGAGCUAAGAGGUGAGCGCGGGUGAAAUGAUUGCUGGUGUGCGGCAACUCCCACGUGGGUGGCAAGAAGAGGGUGGCACACUGACGAACAUUAGGAACGAUGUAUGGGAAAAGUUGUGUUCAGUAGUGACCUACAAAAUCCUAUGGUGAAUAAUGUGCUUUUAUGUCAAGAAAGUGCGAAUAAAAAGUAAAUUCGUGUAGCGACUGAAGAAAACUAAGGGAGACAAGAAAAUUUUUUCCCGCGAUAUGUGUUCACGCGGGCAGAGGGUGUGACGUGGUUUGUUGUUCCGUGUGUGGGGCAAAUCAUGCUGAGGAAUCACCAUCUGUGGUGGUUCCUGCACUCUCUUGCCAUCCUCACGCUCGCUCUGGCGUCUGACCAAUUGGGACAUCAUGGGCGCUCCCGUGCUAGGCAUUCAACCCUCAAAUCCACCCACAACCGACGUUCCGUGAUGCUGCGGAAGCUACCACCGCAGCAGAAUGUGAGUGCCGAGCUGGAGGCUACGGCUGGGCAGCAGUAUCCCGAAGUCCUAAGUGGGGAGAGUGGACAAUGGAGUGCCCAAGUAAUGAAUGAUACGGACAUCUUCAUCCAGCACAAGCAUCAUCAGAACAAUGGCGAAGAGCUUCGGCGGAGGCAUCACAAGUCCGACAACAAGCAUCAGGCGAAAUUGCUGAAAUUCUCCCACAAAAAUCUCCCCAAUUCCCCCGUUUUUACUGUGUCAAAGAAUCAUCGGUCCAACCACCAUCUCCCCGGGAAGCUGUUGGAAUCUGGAUUUUGGAAGAGCAAUCACACCACCCAUGGGGGUGGCUCUAAGCGCAAACGUGAGCACGGGGAUGUGCCACGCAAUCAAACCCACCACCACCGGCGAACAAUCAGCAAUUUGGCCCUCGAAGCAUCCUCCAGCUAUGCCAUGUUCUAUCAAUCAGACACAUCUUCCUGGGACAAUGACGGCGAACGACUCCGGGCUGAGGCACGGAAUGAUGCUUCGAGUGGUGCAAUUUUGCCCCUCAACACAACCACCAUCAUGCCUGAGACAACACCCUCCACGGAGUCAACCCCAUCUACGUCGAUAAGUGGCGAUAAAAGGCGGGCGGAGGGUGCAAAUAGGACCUCGAGUGCACAGCGUAACAAUCGACUUGUCAACUCAUCAUCAGCAGAUUUUAGACAAUACGACGAGCUCGCCGGGGAAGCGGAUGCACCCAGUAUGUUCAGCCCCAGUGGCCUCUAUUCCGACGACGACCCCCCUGAUGAGGUGGUGGAGGAUGAGCACACCGUUGUGGAUAUCGCGGACCCAAAGGAUGAGUCCAGCGUCCUCGAUUGGGGCCAUGAGCUCGACGAUGAGCAGAUGCAAUUUGACGAGACGAGCCGCAACAAUAGGCUAAACCUCAUGAAGGGACGCGAUGUGGUUACGCGUUUCCUGCAAAUUGUUGAGAGUCAACACCUUCUCGGUGCCAAUUGCACUGCAGGCACAGCACUGAAUCUCGGUGAGGGGGUUGUGGACCGCUACGCCCAGGAUAGAUUCCGGAUUGAGGCGGAAGUUGCCGUCAAUAGAGCAAACAUGCUGACCAGAAUUUUCAAAUUAACCUCCCCCGCCGUUCAGGAGUCUGAGCACCUGCUACACGCAUCUGUGCUCUCAAUGGUGGAGUUCGACGAUGAUAUCUUUGCGGCGGGAAAUUGCUUCGAUUGGAAUCAGCAUCCGGCCAAGAAGGGACUUUUCUGCCCCUUUGCAUACCGCCUUCCACCCCCAGAUCAGGGUGCCUCCCUGGCGAAGGAUCUAGCAGCUGAAUAUCACUACCUCGGCAAUACGUCCGAAUGGUUCUUUCUUGCGCGCAAGAAUGCUGAGAAGGUCAUCGCACGCAAUGAGCAGUACAUUAAAUCUUACCAUCUCUACUCAAACAGCACGGAUCGCGUGGCAGACGAAAUUCUGUCGGUGAAGUAUGAGGAUGGCCGCUGGUCUAAACCAUACUACGACUGUGGGGGUGGAAACAUUUGGAUGCUGACGUACACUGUGCCAUUUUUUGGCUACGAAAAUGGAACGUACUUUUUCAAGGGCACAUCGGGAAUUGAUAUUGAUUUGCGACGAGUUGACAUCGACCAGUGCCCACAGAGGAUAUCCAGUUCCGGUGUUUCACUACCCCUCAACAUCUUUGCUGGCACGGACAAAUGCAAACCUCGGACAACGGAGUGCGAGGCGAUUUCUGGCUUAGGAUUCCGUCGUGGAUCAUACAAAUGUGUCUGCCGGCGAGGCUUUUAUUUCCCAGACACCACUUCAUCCCAAAAAUAUUUCAAUGGCAGCACUCUCGAGGAGGAAUAUGAAAAAUUGAUGCUGGGAGAGGUCUCCAUGUACAAAAAUCGCGUGGCAUUUGAGUGCCUGGCAUGUGCUGAAGGCUGUGAUUCCUGCAAGGAUUCCUCACCGUGUGUGGCUGCACUUAAUUGGCCCAUGAGAACGAGUAUCCUGGUAAUGGCUUGCGCAAUCAUCGGAUUCCUGCCUCCGGCUGCCUUUUUCACAUUCAAGUACCAGCAAGUUAAGGUUGUUCGAGCUGCUAGUCCGGCUCUAUUGAGAGUAAUAGCGUUGGGAGCAUUCUUCAUCUAUUGCACGACCAUCGUCCUCUACCCACCACCAUCAAUCUACACAUGCACAGCGCGAGUUUGGCUCCGUGAGAUUGGAUUCUCCCUGACGUAUGGUGCUUUAAUGCUCAAGACGUGGCGAAUAUCUGUGAUUUUUCGCGUGAGGUCAGCAAAAGCAGUUAAAAUCACAGAUGCAUCCCUCCUGAAGCGUCUUGGGAUUCUUUGUUGUGCCGUGGGAGCUUUCCUCCUCAUCCGGACGAUUGUGGCACCACCAAAGGUAGUUGUGGGACGCACCACUGAUGACUUGAAAGCCUUCCUCUGCAAGACAGACUGGUGGGAUCAUACAUUCACAUCAAUGGAGGUCCUCUUUCUCGCCUGGGGUGUUCGACUGUGUAUCAUGGUGAGGAAGGCCCCGUCGGAAUUUAAUGAAAGCCGAUUCAUUUCGAUGGCAAUUUACAACGAAUUCCUCCUCACAUGCUUUCUCAAUGUUUCCAUGUUGUUCCUACAAUCACCAGCUAAUCCUGAUUUACUCUUCAUAAUAUUUUUCUGUCACACUCAGCUUACCGUCACGCUACUGUUGGCACUAAUAUUUGGCAGUAAGGUGUAUCUCGUGUUCCGUGGCGGUGGCAAGCCCGAGGAUUCAAUUGGGCUGGGAGCAAAGCCGUCAGGUGCGAAAUUUAUUUGUCGCUCCCAAGGGAGGACCCUCGCCAACGCCAGCACAGCAACGUCAUCAACGGCCCAGCUAGCAUUCCACGGUGCAGCGCAUGAAGGUCGAUUGACGGAGCAGGAGGCAAUAGAGGAGAUCAAGCACCUCUGUAGUGAGCUUCAGCGUGUCCAGGAGCGAGCACCACCGCGGGGGGUGGCUGUAGCGACAAUAGCCACCCUCCUGGAGUCACUGAGGUGCACCCACCCACCCACACUGCGUCCACCUGGCCAUGCGCCAAAAACCCCUGAUGCCACGCACGUGGACAAGGCCACCAAUACGCUGAGCACGGAGGAGAGUCAUUGGUACCACGAGAGCAAUGGCGGGGCGAGGAUUGUCAUAACGGACGAUGAGAACCGCGAGACGCUGAAGAAGCUGCGGAAAUGCCUGGAAAAGUGCCACACUCUCGCAUCUGGUCCACCCAAUCCCAAACCCCCCAAGAGGCCGAAUAUAAAUGGCAUGGAGAGUCUCAGCAUCGACGUGGACACAAAGAGCUGUGAUCUGGACUUUGCAGAGCUGCAUCUGGAGUGCAUGUGCAGCUCUGAUAGUGUCACAGAAUCACCCACACUGCGGCAGGGUGCUCCAGACAGGCAGGGGGUAGCCGAUGUGGUGGAUUCGGAGCACGUUCCCGUGGCAGAUGAUGCACAAAAUUGUGGCUGUGAGAGGAGCGUGGAAGCUUGCUGCAAGUGUCGCGAAGGCGUGAGUAAUUGUUCCGGGAGCUCGACAAACAGCGCCAAACACCGCCGUAGCGCAUCCGAGGGUGGCGAUGGGGAGUCCGUGUGUCGCACCGAAGAAGCCAACGAGGUUCGUGGGGACAACAGUGAUGAGGACAUGACGGAAACGCAACACAAUGAGGACGAUGUGGCGUCCUCGGACUCCGAAAGGGGUGGCAAACGCGCCAAAUCCAACGAUUCCUCAAAGCUCAUUCUCGAUCUCAACGACAGGUCCAAGUUUACAAAGGAAGUUUCAGUGUGAGGCAAAUUUAAAUGUGGAAGCUGUGUGGACAUACCACCCCACAUGGGCAUUCUCUUGGGCACGAGCCAGGCAAUCACCGAGGAAAUGUUAAGCAAAUCGCCUCUUGGGAGACCAUUGACGACGUACAGUGUGUGCACAACAGUACCUGACACGGAUAUUACAACAUUUUCUUAGGCUAUACUUAAAGCUCAAGUGACCGAUAGUUAAAAUAAUUUUCAACUUUUUGGUAAGUUUCUUCAAUUUCUAUCCUUUCUUUUAAAUUAUUUUCAAAAACAUUUUAGAUAUAUCUUUUUUAAGGAUUAAUAAUUUGUCGUAAAAGUUUUGAAAAAAAAUCGAGAUUUUCCUGAAACUUUUAAAAGCUUUUUCAAACUAAAAUUGAGAUAUUUAUGAUUCAACAAAGUCUUUCAACGGAAAGAUCUUUUGCAAAAUAUUUAAUGAAAAUUCUCUGAAAUUAUAAAACUUCAUUUGAAUAAGUUGAAAAGUAUGAUAAAAGCUCUUCAAAGUGAAUUUUCUGAAGUAAUCUCAAAUGACAAAAGAAUAGAAAAACAACGAAAAGCAGUAAAACUUUCAUGUUUAACUUUUGAAAAUCAUUUUCAAUGGACUUUUCAUGAGAAUCUUCCGCUUCUUGUGAGCUUUUAAUCGUGCUUUUUAAUGAAUAUUUCAAAGAGAACUUUCAAAAAUAGAAGUUUCUUCAAAAUUUUGUGUAAAAAGUCCUUUUUAAAUCACAAAACAUUUCACUUAAUUAUUGAGAACUUAUUCAGCAAUAUGAGAAAUCAACGAUAUUUAGUAUUGGUUAAAGGAAGUUUUAACAACAAUUUCCCGCAAUUUUCCACAAAGAAGAAUUAUUUUAUUACCCUCUAAUUUUCCCUUUAUUUUAACAAAGGAGUUUAUGUAUUUUCCUUUGAGCUAUUUCUCUUAUUCAGGGAAGUAAUCGUCUUAACCUUUUUACGUUCAUUGGGUCAUAUGCUGAUGGAGUUAGAAAGAAAACAUCAAUGGCGCAUUUUUGGGCAAAUAUUUUUCAAUUUUUCCAAGCUAAUAUCCUUUUUUAUUUGUUUGGUUAUGUCUUAUUUUCUUUCCACCAAGUCAUGACUCAUAGCUGAUAGAAUAAACUCCUUCAAAAGAAAAAAAGAAAACGUUAAAAUAAACAGAAUAAUAAAAUGAAAAUUAUUUAAACAAAUAUCUUCACUCUAAGAAUCUCAAAAAUCAAUUUUUUGAUUUUUUUUUUGAAUUAGUUAAAAUUAAAUAAAUUUCUUUAAAGAUGAAGCAGUGUCCUUAUUCCUCGGGCAGGCACUGUGGUAAAAUGUUUACAUUAGAAACGAGUGUUUUGUUGGCACCAUCAGCAUUAUAAUGCGGAGUGCAUAUCAAUAAAAUUUAAGCAUAGGAAAGCAUGCAAAUGACGCAAAUUUCAAAUGGUUUGAAUGGCUCUCGGGAAGUAGGAGGUCGUGUCACAUUCUCUGAGAGUGUAACCAUCAUUAGGAAUGAUGUAAUAAUAGGUUCGGACCUCGUGCUGGGCUUGCACACACUGCGGUAAUUGCCCGGAAUUGCAAUGCUAAAGUUGGAGAGUUUCAAAAUGGCAAUCAGGACUGUUCCGAAAUUGUCGAAAACAGAAAUUUUUCGGUUUCUUCGCAUUAAAAUUUAAAUAAAAAAAAAACAAACUCACAACAAAAUCCAUACUGGAUCCAGGAAGGGGGAUGAGAUUUUACUGGGGGGUGGAGCUAAAGUAUCCCAAAAUACGUGCACCAAGUUUCGGUACGAGAUUCAUUCUCAAUCAGAAUGAUGAUUGAAUAACUUUGCAGAAAGUUAAAUUUAUUGGUUUUGAUGGCAGACUUUGUACAUCUCUCCAAUGGAAAUUGUUAAGAAAACUUUCCAUCCGCAAGAUGAAAAUUAAAAUUGAUUCUUUGGGAUAUUUUGGCUUUUCCCGAAAAUCUUUACAAAAGUUUCGCUUUAAAAUUUCUUAAAAUUUUCCAAUAAAAAAUUCCGAUCAUUAAAACUUUAAAAUGAAAUAAAAUGAAACAAGGAAAGAGGAUGAGAUUCGAUUUAUUCAGAAAUAAUUCCUGUGAUUGUAUUUUCCACGAUAAAAAUGGAAAUAUACACAAAAAAUAGUAAAAAAUGGUUUUUCCUAGAUGUAAAUAUUAUUAAUAAAAAUAAAUAAAUAAAAUUCUUUAUAGAUUUAAUAGUAUAGAAAAUUGAUAAAUAAAUUUUGUAAAUAGUAGAAAGAAAAAUUAAUUGAGGCCAUAGAUAAGGAUUUAAUGAUUUAAGAUUAAAGAAAGAGGUUAGUUUCUAAGGGUAAAACAAUAACAAAUAAAAUUGUAAAUAUUUCUUUUUCCAAAUGAAUGAAAACAACGGUGGGGGUGGUGAUUAAAGUUCAUUGAAUUGCCUUGUCCUUUUUUGCCUCUUGACUACGAGCCCCAUCUAAAUGGCAAAACAAGUCAGUGAAAUAUACUUUGUCACCCCUUCGCAGAGCGCAUAAAUUUUCGGGGGUAAUUAGGUGAAGAAUGUAAAUUUAUUGGCCCAAAGGCCAUAUGUGGGGAUUUUCUCAUAGGAGUUAAGAAAGAAAAAAAAUUGUACCAAUUAAGGGAAACACACAACACACACACAAAGUAUUAAGGAUUCGAAGAAAACGAAAUCAAAUAAAAUAGCUCUUUAUUGAGUAGUUCCAAGUUAUUGUUAAUAUUUAGCAAAGAGAGCGAGGAGAAAGGAAAGGAGGAAGGUUAUGUUGUACAAUAAAGAGAAAAAAAAGCUUAACAUAUCUGAUGGGUGUUAUGACGGCGAGAUUGCGAAGGCAUUGGAGACAUUGAAAUAGAAAUGGAACAGCCAUUUGGGAGUCAAAAGAAAUCGGACUAUGUAGGCAAGAAAAGGAGGAAGUCCUUUAGAAAAAUUUUUUGUAGUAAAAUUGUAAAUUGUUGAAUAUUCUUAUAGAAAACUUAAAAAUUCACAAUUAAAAGUACUUCAGCAGAAAUACAUGAAAAAACACUGAUUGUAUUUUAUCAAUAACUUUCGCUUAUUUACUUCAGUCAAAAUGUAAUUUUAACAGAUUCAUUCGAUGAAAGCUACUUUAACAGGGUACGAUCUGUGAAAGUUUUUUUUUGCUGAUUUAAUUGGUGAAAGCAAUUGGGUAGUUUGAAACGUGAAAAUUCGCGAAUGAAGGUUAUUUGAACUAUUUUAUUUUCUUUUCUGACGUUAAAGAUUUAUUUCUCAAAGCUUCCGGUGUUCGUUAGGGGAAAUGGCAGCAAUUUAAGCCAGAGCUUUCAUCCCGGGAAUUUUCUCUGAUAAACACCGGAAGCUUUAAGAAACAGUUUGACUGAUUGAAUUAGUGAAAGAAAUAGAAUCAGUUAAACUAAUAAAGUACUUCUGUUUGAUAAAUUUCACUGAAGUAAGUACUUCUGUCAAAUAACAUAAAAAAAUCAGUUUAAAACUUCAAACAGCGAAAGCAUUAGGGACAUAAUAUUUCACUAAUUGAAUAUAUGAAAAAUAAUUCAAACUGAUUGAAUUGAUAGAUAUUAUUUGACAAACUAAAUGCGCAAAAGUUGGGAUCAUCAAUUGUACAGAUUAAAUAUGCGAAAGCUUGUUGACACUUUCAAUGAUUUAAUUUACGAAAACUUGUCAAUAUUUUCACUGAUUGAAAUUAAUACAUUUUCACAGUUUCAAUUUGUGAAAUUGUCAAUCAUUUUUUAGGUAUUUAAUCUAUGUGAUUUUUGCAGUUUUCAUAGAAUUUAAUCAAUCAAUUAAAUCUCUCAAAAUUACAUUUUAACUAAAGUAUUUAAAUGAAAGUUAUUUAACAGAAUAUAAUCUACGUUCCUUUUUUUCUUAAAAUUUAACUGAAGUAUUUUUAGGAGUGAUGUAAAGUUUUUCUUUUGUUAAAUAAAAUUCUCUAAAGAAAAGCUCACAAAAGCUCCCUACUAGUCCGAUUUCUUCUGGGUCACAUCUGUGCAUUUCCUUUUUUUGCUUUCUAUUUUCUUAUCGAUUAUGGGUUAUUGGAAGCAUUUAUUGUGGAACAGGAUAAUACACAACACUCAUUGAAAAAAAAAGAAAAGGAAAAUGGAAACUUUCGCGUUAAAGAUGGAAAAUGUUUGUGCAAAGGAAAAACUAUUGUGAAAUUUACGAUAAUUGCUACAAAAGUAGAAUUGUAAUAGUUUUUCGUGAAGGACGAAAAGAAACUUUCAGCGAUUGAGUGUAAAACGAUACAAAAGUCAUUUGAUUUUAUGUGUAAACGAAAAGUUUUACUGUGGGGGGUAGUGGGAGGUGAUUGAAUAAAAAGAAAAUGAAAUAUGCUGAA